CAUGCGCUGUCAAACCAAGUCAUAGGUCUAUUCUCAUGUUUUGAUAACAUGUGAGGCAGACUUGAUCAUUUACAUCCCCCGUUUUUGACCUCUGCAUUCAACGAUGCGCUUGAUAUGAUAGGUCUUAUUCACUGGAAGCUUCUCAUCUUCGUGGACAAGGGCUAAUACUUCUUUGAUGUUAUCUAUGCGAACGGUUCGCCACCCUUGCUCUGGGGUUUCUCCCGCUGAAGUCUCGAUCCGAUAUCGAUCUCGGAAAGGCAACACAUUCGAGAAUCUGAUUAGCCUGUAAGUUUCCUACUAGCGCUCCUUGUGGCAAUAUUCCAUUUUACCUUAAUGGUAGUUUAAUAUGAUCCUAUCAGCAGAAGAUCUAGCUGAAAAUAACCAGGCAGGCGCUUGGCUGCCACAUGAAUUGUAUAUGAUUGAUGAGGAAUCGAGUUGGCCACAUUCGGCCUUACAUAGACGAUGUCCUCCCACCAACUUCAACUCGAAGAGAAUCCCGAUGUGUCCACGCAAAUUUGUGAUGAUGAUAUUACCCAACAGAAUCCUCCAAACGCCGAUGCUAACAUUACUUCCGAGGGAAGAUAUGCCUGGAUAUGCCUACUUUGCUCGUUCGUUGUGAACUUCUUAGCUCUGGGCAUUGAAAGCACCUGGGGUGUUUAUCAAGAUUACUAUUUCAAUACAGCGGAACUUGGUCACGUUUCGAACUCGAAUCUCGCAUGGGUGGGAGCAAUUCAAGCGGUUGGUGUGUCGGUUUUGGGAUUUCCGGCAGGCAAGCUCGCCGAGAGGAUUGGCUAUCGGAUGACUGGAAUCAUUGGCUGUACACUGAUGACGAUCGGCCUUCUGGGUGCCUCGUUUUCGAGUGAGGUAUGGCACUUGUACCUCAAUCAAGGGAUCGUAUUCGCUAUGGGGAGUGCCUUUGCCGUCAUCCCGGCCCUUACUAUACCCUCACAAUGGUUUGUCAAAUAUCGAGGAUUCGCGACGGGAGUCGGUGUCAGCGGAUACGGGAUUGGUGGACUGGUUCUCAGUCCAGUGACUCAAAAGCUAAUCAACGAACUGGGAAUCCGAUGGACUCUACGCAUCAUGGGCUUGCUUACCUUCGCCGUGGCCGGAGUCGCAUUCCUCUUCAUGAGAACCAAGAGCAUACCCGUUGUCCAGAAAAACGAUCGUAUUCAAAUAUCGCACCUUCUGAAAGACCCCGUCAUAUAUGCCCUCUGGAUAUUUAUGCUUCUGUCAGCCUUCGGUUAUUAUAUCCCCACUUUUUACACACCAGAAUACGCGAGAAACGAGCUACACCAUACUGCGCAAGGUGGGGCUAACGCACUCGCCCUGCAAUCUGGUCUCUCUGCUGUUGGUCGUGUGCUUACCGGCUUAAUGGGUGACCGCGUUGGACACCUCACGGCCUUGUCCAUAUGCCAGCUUAUAGCCGGAAUUGCACAAAUGGCGGUGUGGCCGUUUUGCGCGAACCUUCCGAGCCUUAUGGCUUUCUCCGCCGUGUAUGGCUUUUUCUCUGGCGGUAUCGUUAGCUUGCCUCCGGUCGCCUUGGCAGAGAUAUACGGCACCCAGCAGCUUGCGAGUAUCACUGGCUUGAUCCUGACUGGUAACAUUCCGGGAACCAUCGUUGGGCCGUCUAUUGCCGGAGCAAUCAUCGACAAAAAUACAUUUCCGGCCGGAAAAAUCAAUUUCUUACCUGUCCAGCUGUAUGGUGGAAGUUGGUUUAUAGGAGGAUGUCUCGCGACAUCAUUCGUCGCGUUGCUUCAUAGAAUUUCCCGGAAACGCUCUGUCAGAGCUGUACGGGAAGGUGAGAGCUUGCACGAGGGUCAGGCCGAGCUUGAGAUAAGAGGCAGUGAUCGGGAGGUGUUCCCUAUAGAUCUUAGAAAAUGAUUUUGAAAGAUCUGCAUGAUUCUGUCUGUAUGUUUUUAUGGAACCGUUCUUUCCUCCCC